AUGGAAACAACAACAACAACAACAACAGCAGCAGCAACAAAAGGAACAAAUGAUGCAAUGGAAACUAGUUCAUCAACAACAGCAACACCAACUACUGCAACUGUAGUACCACAAGUUGUUAGAAAUGAUGAAUAUAUUAAUACAUUUUAUGAUAUUGCAAAUAAAUUGGAUACAAAUCCUUCAUUCCCAGAUGAUGAUAAAUUAUUUUCAAAAAUUAUUGAAUUAUCUUCAAAAACCAAACAAACUAAAAAAUUAUCACCACAAUUCAUAUCCAAAUAUUUUAAAAGAUUCCCAACACUUCAAGAGAAAGCAAUCGAUUGUUUAAUUGAUUUAUUUGAUUCAUCAGAUGAAGAUGUAAUUAUGAGAGUAAAUGCUCUUAAAGCAAUUCCAACAAUUUGUAGAGAUAAUCCAGAUCAUAUCGCUAAAUUAGUUGAUAUUUUAAGUCAAUUAUUAAAUACAGAUUCAAAAGUUGAAGCAGAACAUACAAAAAAUUCAUUAAUUGAAUUAUAUAAAUUGAAUUCAGUUACAACACUUAAUUCAUUUUUAACAUUUUUAGAAUCAGAAGAAAGUUCAAUGGAAGAUCAACCAGCAUCAUCAACAUUAUUAUCAUUUUUAAAGGAAAGUAUCAUUCCAUUGGUUCGUACAGAAUAUUCAAAAAGUUCAAUAGAGACUCAAACAUUCUUUAGAGUUCGUAUUUUGAAAUUAAUUGCAAAAUGUACAUCAACCACUGAAUUGGAUUUACUAUUCCAAUUAUUAGAAUGUUUCACACAAUAUAAAGUUCAAGAGACAAUCACUGAUUUAGAAACAAAUGUCCUACCAGUAAUUGAAUCUCAAUCAUUGGAUACCAUUAGAAAGAAACUUAUUAAUUUCACUAAAAUCUUACUUUUUAAAUCAAAGAAACCACAUACAGAAAUUAAUAGUAAUAAAUUAUUUGAUUUAUAUUUAAAUAAAAUUUUCCCAAAGGUUAAUGAAUUGGAUGAAACUAAUAAAACUGAACUAGUUUCAGUAUUUUCUCAAGUCACACCUCAUAUGACACAAGAAAUUUCAAUGCAAUUUUUAGAACCGGUUUAUAAUCUUUUCAAAGCAACAGUACCAUCAAAAACUACAACACCAGUUGCAGAUGUUGAUUUACAAUUUACAAUAGUUGAAGCAUUAUUAUUUGCAUUAUCAUCAAUUGGAUCAAAAUCAACAAGUUCACUUUGUAAAUUAUGUGGUUUCAAAUUGGUUACAGGUCAACCAAGUGAUAUGAAUGCUGACCCAGUUAAAUAUGAGGAUUUCUUGGGUAGACAUAGAUUUUUAGAUGAAAAAUGUAGAGAAACUUUGGGUAAAGCCAAAAAGGCAAUUCCAAAUCUUGGAAAUCCAAAAGAUAAGGCACAAUUGAAAUUGGCACAAAAAACACUCUUAUCCACUCAAAACAUUUUAACAAUUAUGCAAAAUUUAUUGAAAUCACCACCAGUUACAAACAUCAAUAAUUUAGUAAUCUCUUCAACAAUUUUUAAAGGUAAACAAAAUUUAAUUCAUAAUGUUUCACCUGUAUUUAAACCACAACAACAUCAACAUCAACAUCAACAACAACAAGUUCAACAAAAACAAUAUCAAAAAUAUCAAGCACAACAACAACAACAACAAAAUAUACCAAUUCAAAGAAAUCAACAACAACAACAACAACAAAAAUCAAAUCGUUAUCAACCAUAUGUUACACCUGGUAGAAGACAUCAAGAUUUAGAUAAACCAAAACAAGAUGGUGUUGAAGUUCAUUAUUAUUCUGAAAAACAUAAUAAACCAUCAAGUUUUAAAGGAAGGGGUCCAAAAAGUUAUUAA